AUGUCAACAGAGACAUAUUGUGAGAAUCCAAAGCAAUCAGAGACUCUGCUUCUCUCUUCUACAUUAGCCCAGCAAGCCCAACAUGCAAUUCAUCAGGCGGCGAACUACUCAGCCCACCGCCAGCAUGAGGACGGCCAUUGGUGUGGUGAACUCAAAUCAAACGCCACGAUCACCUCUGAAUAUGUGAUGCUUCGUCAAGCCCUAAAUCUGGACCUGACAACAGAUCGCGAGGCAUUGAUCUCGUGGUUCUUGUCGGACCAAAAUCCUGAUGGAUCAUGGUCAAUCGCGCCAGAGUAUCCGGGUGAGAUCUCAACCUCAGUGGAAGCCUACUUCGCACUGAAGAUCCUCGGCCUUACGCCAGACAUGGCGGUUAUGCGAAAAGCCCGACAAUUCAUCAUUUCAGCCGGUGGCAUCGCCAAAAUCCGAAUCUUUACCCGCAUCUACCUCGCAACCUUCGGCCUGUUCCCUUGGGAUGCAGUCCCAGAACUCCCGGCAGAGCUGAUCAUGAUGCCAGAUGCUGCUAUGAUUAGUAUAUACCGACUUUCUUCCUGGGCGCGCAGUACCAUUGUACCUCUUCUGAUCAUCUCGCACCAUCGCCCAAUUUAUGCUCUGCCGAAUGGGAAGUCCGCAACGAAUGACUUCCUGGACGAGAUCUGGGACAACGCAGCACAAAAGAGCGUACCUUACUCUCCGCCUCUCUGGAAUCUUAUCAAAUCUGAUGCCGUGGCCUCGAGCUUCAUUGUCAUGGAUAAUAUCUUGCACAUGCUCGGUGGGUUACGCAAUUCUCCCACUCGCACAUACUCGCGCCGUAAAUGUAUCGAAUGGAUCCUGGAACACCAGGAGGAAGAAGGCGAUUGGGCUGGAAUCUUCCCGCCCAUGCAUUGUGGUAUCAUAGCGUUGUCUCUCGAAGGUCACACGCUUAACGAUGAUCCCGUCCGCAAAGGGCUCGAGGCUAUCGAGCGUUUUGCAUGGAUUGAUGCACGGGGGAAAAGAGUUCAAGCUUGCGUUUCUCCGGUCUGGGACACGAUCUUGAUGACAAUUGCUCUCAGCGACGUUGGGCUCGGUGCCCGUGCCUCAGAUGCAAUUGAGUGGGUCAAGGAGCGGCAGAUCUGCGGACCAGAAGGUGAUUGGCGAAUCUACAAGCCCAACAUCACAGCAGGUGGAUUUAGCUUCGAAUACUUCAACAAAUGGUAUCCGGACGUGGAUGAUACUGCUGCGGCGAUCUUGGCGAUGGUCAAGCAGGAUCCGAAGCUCACGAAGUCUUUAUCUUCGAUCACAAAAGCCGUGGAAUGGAUCAUCGGCAUGCAAAAUGAUGAUGGUGGAUGGGGCGCUUUCGAUAUCCACAACGAUCGCCUGUUCCUGAACAAGAUACCUUUUAGUGACAUGGAAGCUCUGUGUGAUCCGUCCACAGCAGAUGUGACCGGGCGUAUUCUUGAGGCAUUUGGUCUUCUCCUGCAGAGAAACGGUGACCAAUUCACAAGAUUAGCCGAAGGUAUGAACUUUGCCUGUGAUAGAGGUAUCUCAUACCUCAUUGGCACCCAGGAAGCCACUGGGUCUUGGUAUGGUCGCUGGGGAGCCAACUACAUAUACGGCACCAGCAAUGUAGUCUGCGGACUUGCUCUCUUCUCCCAAGACAAGAAAGUGCAAAAUGCCUUGGAGCUCGCUCUCGCAUGGCUGAGAAACAAACAAAAUCCAGACGGCGGAUGGGGCGAGACGUUGAUGUCGUAUAAGAGAACCAGUCUGGAGGGCGACGGCCCUUCCACUGCUUCUCAGACAGGCUGGGCUCUGAUGGCGCUGCUUGCCCAGCCUUCCAGUGAACAGUCGAUUGAAAAAGGAGUGCAGUAUUUGUUGCGAACACAGACAUCGUCGGAGCGACCUGACGAAGCGUCGUGGCCGGAAACUCGUUACACAGGAACUGGCUUCCCCAAUCAUUUCUAUUUGGGCUAUGCCCUGUACGCCCAUUAUUUCCCCAUGAUGGCUUUGGGACGAUAUGUGGCUAUACAUGGUUGA